CAGUGUUAUCGAUUUAUAGUUUUGUCUUCUUUAAUUAAGACUCUAAGAAAAGUUAAAGUUUAAUACAGUGAGAAAAAAAGUUUGUAGGUUUAUCUCGCGUUUUUUUGUUUGUAUUAUUUGGGGUGUGCUUUAUGUUGGUGGGUCUGGUGUGGCUGCUCCCGUUUAGCCGAAAAAGAGGUUAAUAGCAGCAAAUAGCGUAAUUAAUAAACAGUUAUAAAACAGUGGAGUGUGUUUUGCUAUAGGACGGGGCGGCCAAUUUCACGCCCCUAUGACUUUGAGAAGUGCAACAUAAACGGGGGACAAAACGGUAUUUUCAACUUCUCUUCGCUCAAUUCCAAUACGAAUGGUGGAAAGCCCAAAAUUCGUGGCUCUCCGCUCCGCUCCGAAGCUCUGUUGUUUUGUUGUUUUUUUUUUUUAAUCACCGCUCUUGUUGCUGUUGACAGUUAGGCGGAAACCACUGUAAAGUGCUUUUGAACCAUACACAGAUGCAAUGAUUUUGUAGGGGUAUAUUUGAAAUUAACUUAACACAUCCAUAUUUCCUGCUGUCCCACUGCUGCAAUGAUGUCAAAAAACAAUGUUAAUGGGAGCCGCAGCCUUUCAUCUGCCAGCUGCAACAGCAUCACCUCAGAUGAAAUCAUUGACAGCAUAGCUGAUGACCUGACACCCACAAGAGGAAGGCUUUCAUCUGCAGCCCUGCGCACCCAGAAAGCCAAGCGGAUUAGGUUCUUCCAUAAUGGCAAUAAAUUCUUUUAUGGUGUAGUGAUCCCAGUAACACCUGAGCGCUAUAGGACUUUUGAUAGCCUCAAAGUGGAAUUAACUAGCAUACUCAUAAAAAGUGUCAAUUUACCCAGUGGGGUAAGAACAAUAUUCACAAUUGAUGGGAAAAAGAUUUCAAAUGUUGAUGAACUGGAGGAUGGCAAGGAGUAUGUGUGUGGUGGGAAAGGGGAUACUUUUAAGAAAAUUGAGUAUAACAAAACGGACUUGAACAAAUCUAGGAGACUGAGUAGUUUGAAGCUGCCUACAACACCAUCCUUGCCUAGGAUUAUAUCCCCUGAAUACGUUAGGCCUCGCUUAGUAACUAUAAUUAGGAACGGUCCGAACAAGCCUAGGAAAAUAAUUAGAUUGCUUUUAAAUAAAAGAAACUCGUCCAGCAUGGAACAAGUCCUUAGGGCUUUAACAGAAGCGGCCCAAUUAGACUCCGGGGCUGUGCGAAAAGUAUUCACCCUUUCCGGCAGUACCGUUACAUCUCUCACGCAAUUUUUCGACAUCGAAGACGUCUUCUUCGUUUACGGCAACGAAAGAUAUUCCAUUACCGAUUUCGAAUUGGAAUUCGAGGAGAGUAAAUCCAUACAAUCCUAUAAGAAAGUUCCUGGAUUAAAAAAUGGGGUGGGACCAAAGCCCAAAAUGCCUAAAAAGAAAUGGAACAGGACGUUCGAAUCUGAAGGAAAUUUGUUAGCCAAAUUGAGCCAAGAUGAGAACAUUAAUCUACCAUCUCAGCUGAAAGGGAAAUAUUCGGUGGGAAAAAUGAUUGGGGACGGUAAUUUCGCGGUGGUUCGACUGUGCAAAGAUAAAGUGACCGGUGUGGAAUACGCCCUGAAAAUCAUCGACAAAUCGAAGUGCAAAGGGAAAGAAGAUAUGAUAGACAACGAGGUGUCGAUUUUACGGAAAGUGGAUCAUCCUAAUAUUAUACGUUUUGUGGAGCAACAAGACACGCCUAGCAUGUUAUUUUUAGUCGCUGAACUUUCCAAAGGUGGUGAUCUUUUUGACGCCAUCACCGUUUCGCAAAAAUUCUCAGAAGAGCAGGCUUCCUUGAUGAUCACCCAUUUGGCAUCUGCACUGUCUUAUUUACACAACCUGAACAUCGUGCAUCGCGACGUAAAGCCAGAAAAUUUAUUUGUGGAUUUUGAUGGAGAUAGAAUAAGAAUUUUAAAGCUCGGCGACUUCGGGUUGGCGUGCAAAGUAGAUGAACUUUUGUUCACCGUAUGCGGAACACCUACUUACGUAGCUCCAGAGAUCCUCGCCGAAACCGGAUAUGGCCUUAAAAUCGACGUUUGGGCUGCCGGUGUGAUAAUGUACAUCUUGCUGUGCGGAUAUCCGCCUUUCGUGAAUCAAGACAACGAUCAGGAGAAGUUGUUCGAUUGCAUACUCUCCGGACAGUACGACUUCCCCGACGAAUAUUGGGGGGAUGUCUCCAAUACCGCCAAGGAGCUGAUUCAGAAUAUGCUUCAGCUUGCUCCGGAGCUUCGGUUCUCCGCCGAAGACGUCCUCGACCAUCCAUGGCUCCAAAGUUUCUCCUAGUAUGUUUCGAGAUACGGUCUAACAAUGAAACAAAUUCACGAGUGCGUCAGAGGAUUCGUAGUAGAUAUGCUUCAUUUUUAUCGAGAAAAGAAAACAGGACACAGAUCGGCUAACAUUAUGUGUUUUUUUUUUUCUAUUUUAAGUUACGCGCGCGCUCUAUACUUUUUCGGAAAUAACAAUAUUAAUGAUAAUCGCUUCUAUUUUUACUUAUUAUUUUCAGUUUAUAAUAUUUACAACU